AUGCUUGAUGUGUCUGUUACAUUGAGCCUGUUCGAUGCUCAAGCUGUGGCUUUCCACAACAGACUCGAAGAAAUGCGUGUUGACCGAAGAAUGGUUGCUGCUACGAGUAUUAAUACUAAGAUGGUUGGAGGACGUUUGUUCCGUAAUGCUAUCUCAGGGACCCACAUUCACUUCGACAAGGGAACAACAGCUGGAGAAGUCUAUUUCUACAGGCUGGUCGCAAGGGACACUGGACUUCCCCCUGCAGCCCCUCUUCUGAGAGGAUAUGCUAAGGUGGAGGCCAUCACCGUAUCUGAGCUCAAUAGUUUUAUCAUAACUGCUCCAUCUCAGGAUAUUGAUUUCAUAUGCACUGGGCAUGGUGGUGUUACAUUGCGUGCUCUAACUGCAGCAAAAAAGCUGGAACGCACCGUCACCUCUUUCACCUGUAGGACGUGUGACAAUUCCCAUGCUGUUGGCUCUCUUCGCUAUCGUGUUGAGAUGUCCAUAUCAGAUGCUAAUGGAGAAAAUGUGUUUGUUUGCUUUGAUGGUGUGAUGACAAAGUUGCAUAACCUCAAAGCAAGCGAUGCUGCUGAAAUGCUGGCUGCAGACGGUGUAAACCCAGAAGAGACACAGCUGCCUCCGUUCAUUGGAGAUAUGGAAGGGAAGACAUACACUUUCCAAGGCAGGGUCAGUGCGUAUAACUUCACGCCUAACCAUAAGACAUUCACUAUCACACGUAUCAUCGAUGAGCGUGACCGUGUUCCAAACCCUGACUUCAGCGACAAUGGAGGCAACAAUGAUGACAGGAACGACAACACAGAUGGCAGACCAGUCUCAGUUAGUAUGGAGAUUGGAGGGAGCAUUGGCAAAGCGACCCCUAAUGCUGCUGCAACUCUCACUAAUGUUGAGCCAGAACAGUUGGGAAGCUCAAGUCUGGAGGUGGUGGAGAAGGCGCGUAUCGCUUUGUUUUGGAGUUUGAGGAUCAGUCUCUGCUUCUCUUUUUCUUUGUACUACUAA